CACUCUAUGUUGUUCGUCCAUGGCACGUCAUACAUUAUUAGACAGCGCACUCUGCAAUAUCUUAACAAAUAGGGAACGAAAUGAAACUUGUGUGAGAUCUUUGUCAUAUUCUAUAUGGGAGGAAUAAAAAAGGAAAUCUAACCUAAUCUAGUGGUUCCUGAUCGAACUCACUUCAGUAUUUUCAUCUCUCCAUACUUGACAAGCCUUGCAGUAGCAAAUAGUAUAUCUGCGAGAAUCGAAACGUCGCCCGCGUUGAAUAUCGAGCUUUGUUGUGUGGAAACUUCAAGGUAUAUUCGCGUUUCUUCACUCUUGUGUGCAACGUGUUCUGUUUCCCGAUCGGAAAACAAAACAGUUUAUUCUUGAUCCUCGACCUCCUCGACUAAAAUCAAUUAACGAGUGCGAUUGGUGAUUGAUGUGCAAAGAAUAGGAACCACUUUUGGUGGUUGCCUAAGCUCUGAUCUACAAUCAAACAUACCAAACGAUGGUCGACUACUACAAAGUACUCGAAGUGCAACGGACUGCUACUGGUGGUGACAUUAAAAAGGCAUAUAGAAAAUUGGCCUUGAAAUGGCACCCGGACAAGAAUCCGGACAAUUUGGAAGAAGCAAAUAGAAGAUUCAAGGAAAUUUCCGAGGCUUACGAAGUAUUGAGCGACGAUGUGAAGAGACGUACUUACGAUCAACGCUUAUAUCAGAAGGCGGCAUCAAGGCCCGGCCGUGGAUUCACCUUCCGGAGUUUCUUUGAUUCUCCCUUUCAACGAUAUUUUGAGAAAAAGAGACGAGUUUACGAUCAAUAUGGCAAGGAUGGUCUACAAAUGCCCGGGGGUAAACGGCGCCACGGAGAUGAUUUUGAUCCGCACUUUGCUGGCACGUUCGUCUUUAGAGACCCCGAAGAAGUAUUUAGAGAAUUUUUCGACGGUAUGCCAUUCGAAGAUUUGUUUUCCGGAUUUCACGGUAGCGGUCCUCGGAGAGGAGGUGCAAAUAGACACAAUUAUUCGACUAAUAACAGUCUUAGUACUUCUUUCUUCGGGCCCUUUGGAUUUGGCUUUCGUCUACCGUUCGACGAUUUAUUGGAAAGCGCUGGUACCCCUACAAACUUCACUUCCUUCGGUACUUUCACCAGUUUCGAUGGCAUGAGUGGCGGCACCUCCAUGAAACGUACCAGCACCUCGACUCGCUUCAUUAACGGGAAGAAAAUUACGACCAAGAAAGUUUUUGAGAAUGGGAAAGAGACAAUAAUGUCCUACGAAGAUGAUGUACUCAAGUCAAAAACGGUGAACGGCGUGCCACAGUCAAUAACGUUCGACGAAGCAUCGACGAGUCGUCAAGUCUGUGAGAACAUCAACGAUAACACGAUGGGUAGCCAUAGUUCGAACGCGGCGCACGACUAUCUAAAAGCUAGCAGAAUAAAGACGCAUCAUCAUCCGCACACGAGUAAGAAGCAUGAUAAAAGUAAGAGAAAAUAAUUCUUUUCGCCAAGUUCCUUAUGUAUUCACACAAGUUAUAUAUGCGCUCCUAAUAUACAAUAGACUUGAUUUGUGUAAAUUUUCAAUUUUGUCAUUAUCUCUCUGUCUAUCUAUUAUCAAACAUUGUCUACUAUCCCAUGGAAAUAAAAAGGCAAAAAAGUAAUGUUAAAAUGAAAUAUCAACUUCCUAAGAGGGAAAAAGUAACUUCGUCUCUGAUGAAUAACUACUAGUCUGGCUUAACAUAUCGACAUGUGUGUGUGUUGGUUCGAGCUCUUGUUAAUAAAAUAUAUAUUUCAAAAGACAACAUUAUUCGUUAGCUUUUGGUUUGUAAGAGAAACGAGGCAACUUAUUAUCUGCUAUCGUUGGACCGAGAUCCGUUUAGCUUUGUAAAAAUAAGCUCUUUGAGUUUAUUCAAGCAGCGUAUGUGACUGCACGAUCGCUUAUCUUGCGAAUCGGAAUUCUACAACUUGCGGAUAAAACAUUUAUUCGUGGUGUCUGUAAAGCUGGCACGAUGUUUCAAUAACUUAAAAAAAAAUGGUGGUUCCUGUAGUACUUUUCCUAGUUGUACAGUUCCUGAGAAACAUGAAAAGAAUUUCCGCAUUUUUAAUAUUAAAUAUAAAACAUGGAGGUCGAAGUAUACAUGGAAAAGGAUUGCGCUCUGUUUUGUGUUUCUUGCGUUCUCUCUUGCUUUUUGUGCGCGAACGAGAGAGAGAACGUCGAGAUAUUUGUAUAUCUCGUUGUCGUCGGGAUAUACAAAACACAGAGUGUAUAAUUUUCUAUGGCCUUCAGGUGCUAUACGAUUUGUCAUUGGCUACGAUAAAUCGAGAAUGAACUUAAAACCAUCUUAAAUAUAAGAUUCGACUAUGAAUGCCGACUGCGUAUACUUCGACUCCCAUUCCACACACUCGAUCUAGAUACGUAGGCCCGUAUUUUGAACUCUCUCUUAUCGAUAAAAAUGCCUCUAAAAGUGGCUUGGGAACCACCUAAUUGGCUAAGGAACCACAUUUAAAGUUUUAUUUUUAUCGAUAAAAGAGAGUUCGAAAUACGGAUCGUUAUGUCUAUGUCCUGAUCUACAAUAAAUACUUUAAGCUUUAAGCUUUGAGAAAUUGGCCAAUUACAUUCGAAUUAUGGAAGAAAGAUCAAUUAUGAUUGGACAGUUUCUUAAAUCUUACGUCUUGAAUUCUCAUUGUCGACCCCGCUUAUGAUCUGGACCGAGCGUUUGUCUUUAUUUGAGGAGUGAGGCUCGAGUUGCACGUAGAAAAAAAAUGCACUCCGCAUUUUGUAUUCCUCUGUUCUUUUUCGUUCAUGCGUAAACACGAGUAUAGACCACGUGAAUGAAAGAGAAUGCAGGGACAUGAAGCAGAGUGCAUCCUUCUCCACGUGUAUCUCAAUCCCCGCUUCUUCGAUAAAGGAAAAUGUCCAGUCUAGAUAUAUUAUAUCUACGGUUACAAGUAUUAUGAAACAAUAACUACGAGCGCACAUACUGGUGUA